CUUGUGUCAGUAUAAAAGUGAGUGAUAAAUAACCUGUCGUUAACAUUUAGGCCGUCUAAACAGAUAUAGGAUGGGUAGAAUUUUAAUGCUUACAUUAGUUACAUAUGUUGCAGUAUGUGUUUCUUGUUUGGAGUAUCAAGUUGUUGAUUUGACUCAUAACCACGGAAAGGAUUCAAUAUACUGGCCAACUCAUUCCGGCUAUGAACGAUAUAUAGAUCAAAGGGGGAUUUUCGAAGGAACUAAUAUUUGGGUAGCAUCUAAUACUAUAAAGACAACUGAACAUUUAGGAACACAUUUGGAUGCCCCACAACAUUUCAAUGAAUUUUCCUGGACAACACACCAAAUACCUAUUGAAAACCUGGUUGGUCCUGGGGUGAUCGUUAAUGUCAAAUCCAAAGUAGUAUCGAGUGCAGAUUAUACCGUAACGAAAGCUGAUCUUGAGGAAUGGGAGGAUCAAUAUGGCAAAAUUCCUGAUGGAGCUAUAGUCCUUAUGAAUUCUGGAUGGCACGACAGGUAUCCAGACAAAACAAGAGUAUUCAACACACAAAAUCCGAAUGAUACAACCUCAUUUCAUUUUCCAUCCUGGGGAAAAGAUGCAGUUUCAUGGCUUCUUGCACAUCGUUCAAUUCAUGUUCUUGGGGUAGAUGUUCCGUCUUUAGAUUAUGGUCAAUCAAAGGAUUUUCCAGUACAUAUCUUGAUUAGCCAAGAAAACAUUCCAGGAUUAGAAAAUGUCGGUUAUCUUGACAAAAUUCCUGAAAGCGGGACCAUUAUAUCUUGUGCUGUUAUGAAAAUUGUCGACGGAAGUGGAAGCCCUGCCAGAGUUUUUGCACUGAUACCCAAAAAUUCGGACACAAAUGAUGCUAGGAAAUAUAACUGUUCACUGUUUUUACUCCUAUGUAGUUUAGUAAGCUUCAAAAUGUUAAACGAAUAAUUUUUAAAAGGUGGUUUAGGUAAAUAAAAUAUGCUAAGCGUACAUUAUGUAGGUUAAGCUUGUAUAUAUAUGAGAGUAAACAAGAACGAUAAACAAGAAUAAUGUUAUAGCAACAUAAAACAAAACACGUCGUAUUUGUAUUUUUAAUAAAAUUAAUUACAAAACAAUUUACGAAAAGCAAAUAUGACAGACAUGAACCAACGACAACACCUGAACAAAUAUUCUAUAUCCUUUAUUCCGUAGGGAACAAAUUCUUUAAUAAUUUUUUUCAGUGGAAAUAAUAUUUCAGAAUAUUUCUUCCAUGUUGUACUUAUGUUAUUGCAUUUCCCAGUUUCUGCAAAUUGCACAGAACAAUCACAAAAUAAAUUUCAGCACUCAAUUUGCUUUAUAAUCUGGAUGCAUUUAUUUUAUCUAUUUUGUUUUCUGUAUGCAUUAAAUUAUUUUUAACCGCCUCGGUGGUCUCGUCGUAGUGUGUUCGACUCGAGUGCGGGAGGUCGUGGGUUCGAUCCCCGGCCGGGUCAAACCAAUGACUUCAAAAUUGGUAUUUGCUGCUUCUUUUUUGCUAAGCACGUGGCAUUUAGGAGUAAGAGAAAAGACUGGUCGGCUCGGAGUCAGAAUAAUGUGUCCGGGUAAGGUGACAUCUCUUCCUGCGGACUGUUACCUUGUGAACUAGCACGUUAAAAACCCGGCUCAGCGUGUCGGUGUAGUACAAAGCAGGGUUAAUUAAUAUGCAUAUUACAUUAACAUGUUCUCGUCCUUAAUAUACAUAUUAAUUUGCCGCUGGACGUUAAACAGUUCAUCAUCAUCAUCAUCAUCAUCAUCAUCAUCAUCAUCAUCAUCAUCAU